ACCUCCAAUUACCACAACUACAGGCUCAACAACCUCUGUCCCAAUAACUACCACAGAUGAGGCUCCAACGACUUCUGUGCCUUCAACGAUCACUACAAAUAUACCAAAAAGUACCACAAAUGAGGCUUCAACAAUAACUUCUAUGCCUACAACUGCUACAUCAUUUGUACCAACCACAACUGAGCAUUCUGCAACAGCAUCUGUCCCAAUAACAACCCCAAUCAAUCCAUCGACAACUUCGGUCCCUAUAUCUACCACAACUGAUGUCUCAAGUGCUGCUUCUUUAAGUAUAACAACUGAAGGUUCAACAACUUUUAUCCCAACCUUUACAACAGCUAAAGGUUCAACAACUGCUGCCUCUGUGACUACCACAGAAACUGCACCUUUUACAACUAUAACUGAAGCUUCUUCAACCACAUCUUUACCUCCAACUACCACAACUACAGGUUCAACAACUUCUGUCCCAAUAGCUUCCACAAAUGAAGCUUCAACAAUAACGUCUUUGCCAACAACUGCUAAAUCAUCUGUGCCAACCACAACUGAGCAUUCUUCAACAGCAUCUGUCUCAAAAACAACCACAAUCAAGUCAUCAACAACUUCCGUCCAUAUAUCUACUACAACUGAUGUCUCAAGUGCUGCCUCUUUAAGUAUAACAACUGAAGGUUCAACAACUUUUAUCCCAACCUUUACAACAGCUGAAGGUUCAACAACUGCUACCUCUAUAACUACCACAGAAACUGCACCUAUUACAACUAUAACUGAAGCUUCUUCAACUACAUCUUUACCUCCAACUACCACAACUACAGGUUCAACAACUUCUGUCCCAAUAACUACCACAAAUGAGGCUCCAACGACUUCUGUGCCUUCAACGAUCACUACAAAUAUACCAAAAAGUACCACAAAUGAGGCUUCAACCAUAACUUCUAUGCCUACAACUGCUACAUCAUUUGUACCUACCACAACUGAACACUCUUCAACAGCAUCUGUCUCAAUAACAACCACAAUCAAACCAUCAACAAUGUUAGUCCCUAUAUCUACCACAACUGAUGUCUCCAGUUCUCCACCUUUAAGUACCAGAACUGAAGGUUCAACAACUUUUAUCCCAACCUUUACAACAGCUGAAGGUUCGACAACUGCUGCCUCUAUAACUACCACACAAACUACACCUAUUACAACUAUAACUGAAGCUUCUUCAACCACAUCUUUACCUCCAACUACCACAACUACAGGCUCAACAACUUCUGUCCCAAUAACUACCACAAAUGAGGCUCCAACGACUUCUGUGCCUUCAACGAUCACUACAAAUAUACCAAAAGGUACCACAAAUGAGGCUUCAACAAUAACUUCUGUGCCUACAACUGCUACAUCAUUUGUACCCACCACAACUAAGCCUUCUUCAACAGCAUCUGUCCUAAUAACAACCCCAAUCAAGCCGUCAACAAUGUUAGUUCCUAUGUCUACCACAACUGAUGUCUCAAGUACUGCCCCAUCAAGUUCCACAGCUGAAGGUUCAACAGCUUCUGUGCCUAUAACUACCACAGAAGCUGUGCCUAUUAUAACCAUAACUGAAGCUUCUUCAACCACAUCUUUACCUCCAACUACCACAACUACAGGUUCAACAACUUCUGUCCCAAUAACUUCCACAAAUGAAGCUUCAACAAUAACUUCUUUGCCAACAACUGCUAAAUCAUCUGUGCCAACCACAACUGAGCAUUCUUCAACAGCAUCUGUCUCAAAAACAACCACAAUCAAGUCAUCAACAACUUCCGUCCAUAUAUCUACUACAACUGAUGUCUCAAGUGCUGCCUCUUUAAGUAUAACAACUGAAGGUUCAACAACUUUUAUCCCAACCUUUACAACAGCUGAAGGUUCAACAACUGCUACCUCUAUAACUACCACAGAAACUGCACCUAUUACAACUAUAACUGAAGCUUCUUCAACUACAUCUUUACCUCCAACUACCACAACUACAGGUUCAACAACUUCUGUCCCAAUAACUACCACAAAUGAGGCUCCAACGACUUCUGUGCCUUUAACGAUCACUACAAAUAUACCAAAAAGUACCACAAAUGAGGCUUCAACAAUAACUUCUAUGCCUACAACUGCUACAUCAUUUGUACCUACCACAACUGAACACUCUUCAACAGCAUCUGUCUCAAUAACAACCACAAUCAAACCAUCAACAAUGUUAGUCCCUAUAUCUACCACAACUGAUGUCUCCAGUUCUCCACCUUUAAGUACCAGAACUGAAGGUUCAACAACUUUUAUCCCAACCAUUACAACAGCUGAAGGUUCAACAACUGCUGCCUCUAUAACUACCACACAAACUGCACCAAUUACAACUAUAACUGAAGCUUCUUCAACCACAUCUUUACCUCCAACUACCACAACUACAGGCUCAACAACUUCUGUCCCAAUAACUACCACAAAUGAGGCUCCAACGACUUCUGUCAUUUCAAUGAUAACAACAAUUUUACUAAAACCUACUAGAAAUGAGGCUUCAACAAUAGUUUCUGUCCCUACAACUACGAAAACAUCUUUACCUACCACAAAUGAGCAUUCUUCAACAACAUCUGUCCCACAAACAUUCACAAUUAAGCCAACAACAACAACAACUUUAGUCCCUAUAUCUACCCCAAGUACCAGUACACAGUUAGAUGUAAUAACUUCUUCUAUUAAAACCUCAACACCUGAGACUUCAACAACAGCUUCUGUCCCAACAGCUAUCAUAACUGAUGCAUCAACAACAAAAAUAGUACCUGUAAGUGCCACAACUGAGGCUUCAUCAACAACCACUUCUGUUCUUAUUCUUACCACAAUGGAGGCUUCAGAAACAACAUCCAUCCCAACAUCUACGAUUCCUGAAGUCUCAACAUCCACAAAAAAUGUAGAUACAGAAAGUUCCUUCCUUACAGCUACAAUUCAGGCCCCAGCAAUGACUUCUGUCCCUGCAAUUCCCACAACUGAGGCUUCAACAAAUUCUUUCCAUACUACAAAUGAAAUUUCAACAGCACAUUCUGGGCCUACAAGUACCAUGACCAAGGCUUCUACAAAUUCCAUUCAUAUAAUUACCACACCAGCUAUGCCUACAACUACCACAGCACAGUUAACUACUCAUCCUACAACAACAGCUGGUGAAACUUUAUUAAAAACAUCCACAGCUCUUGCACCAAUCCCAACUGAAGAUUCUACCCCCACAUCUGAUGGCCAGUCCAUUGUUUUGACUUCACCGGCAGUUACUGUUCCUGGAACACCAUCUUUUUCAACAAUUCCCAUAAUAGAAGAUCCUACUACAAUAGCCGUUACUUCAGCUGCAGCUCGUUUUACAACAGCAUCCCCUAUUAGAACUAUUAAAGCGACAGUUCCAAUAAUAUCUUCUCCAUCUCCAACCACUACAACAUUAGGUGCCACUAGAGCCAUCUCACCAGCAGCCCCCUCUACUAGUACCAUACCCCCAGUGACACCUGCCAUCACUGCAGAUACAACUGGACCUUCAGUAGCACCUACAACUGCACUAAUCAGAACUGCAGGUCCCAUUACAGCAAUCGCAAUGGUAGCCUCCUCGACAACUACUAUAACUCCACCACCUAAGAAGGCCACUACUAAAACUCUCAUGACAACAGCUCCAACAUUAUCUCCCACAAUAGCAAGAACAACCUCAAUUUUCCAAACAACCACCAUGAAAACAAAUCCCCCACCUCCACCUCCGCUCCCAGUUCCAAUAUUUUUUCUUCAAGUGACUUUGGUACUUCCAUUUGUGCCUGCACUGGAAAACAACCAGUCACCAGAAUUUCAAGUUUUAGCAGCAACAGUUGUUGCAGUGUGUGAUGCCAUUUACAGAACACGAUAUGGGAUUCUUUUCAUCAGAACUGUUGUCAUAGCAUUCAGGCCUCUUGGGGUCAGAAUGGAAGGGAUAGAUGCGGAAGUGGAGCUUAUUUUCAGUGAGAACAGUACUGAACCACUGCCCAGCAGUAAUGAUGUGGCGACAACAUUGAAAGAAGAAGUGACCAACCCAAAUUCAACCAUGCUCAAUGAAUUCAAUAUUACUAUAGUCGCCGAUUCCAUCAAGGUUACAAGUGUGGCCAGUGCUCCUACAACACCCGCGACGAAACUGACAACAAAAGCCAGCACCACAGCUACCAUCACAUCCUCCAGCACCAAACCUGUGACUGCAGCACCCACCUCAGCCAGCACUGCCACCCCAAUUGCAACUGUCCAGCUAGAGUUUACUUCAAGAGAAACAUUUGUGUCCGAUCUCUUAAAUCAAAGUUCAGAAGCUUUUCAAGCCAGAUCAAAACUCACCAAGGAACAGAUUGAACCAGUAUAUACAAGUGCCUUCACAUCCUUCAUUUUCGCAAUAGUAAAAAGUUUCAGUGAAGGAUCAAUCAUCACACAGGCAGAUCUGGUCUUCAACUCUACAGAGUCAUUGCCCAGCAAUGAACAAAUUGUCAGCACUUUGAAAAAUGCCAUCACCAAUUCACAAAUCUCAUUUGACAUUGACCCCAGUUCCAUCGUAAUCGCAUCUGCAGCCUCCAGUGGAGUCUCCCAUUUGACCAGUCUGCUCACAGCCUGCUGUCUGGCCAUGGUCUCAGUGCUGCUCUCCUACUGCUGGUAGACUCAACUGUAGCGUACUCACUGAACAUCAUCACCGGACCUCGCCAUGAAUAACUGCAGACUCAUGAGUGACAGCAGACUAAUUUCCCCAAUAACUGUAACCAGAUGAAAUGCUUCUAGCAUCAGACCUCUGUACCCAUCUCUAUUUACAUCCUUAUGUAACUAAGAUAUUUUUCAUUAAUUAUAUGAUGCAUACAGGUUUAUGCAACAUUAUAUGUAAUUGUAUGUUAAAUACUGACUGAAGUGAGAGCAUAAAUAUCUAAUUAAUUACCCAGUAAACCAGCUCCCACAACUAGAAUUUGCAGAAUAGGAAAAGCUGAUGAAGCAUCAAAUGUACCACACAGCGAACGUAUGUACUGUACAUGGGUUACUUAUCUAUGAAUCAACCUUUGAUAUGCAUGGACAAUUACAUUAUUCUUUAAGAUGGCUUUGAAGGGCAUAUAUUUAUUCUAUUUAUUUCUUUGCUUUAUUUUCAUGAAACCAACCACAGGAGCCAUAGUCCAGAAAUAAUAUGUAUUAAGCACUUUCAAUAAUCUUGUAUUUUCUGUUUAUGUAAUUUAUUUUCCUGAAGUAUUUUUGAACUAAAUCAUUUUCAGAUCUUCUACUAAUAAAUUAUGUGCUACAACUGAA